AUGAGAAAAUGAGGGCUGAGGGACGCAGGGAUGACGGGCCGAGAAACGGAGGGCUGCAGGAGCGAGCGCCCGCGCUCCCCAGCUGCUCCCCCUCCGCUGCGCGCCUCCGCGCCGCUCCCCGGCCCCCCCGCCGCCGCCGCUGCGCGUGCCCGCGCCCGGGGCUGACUCUCCCUCGCAUCCUCCUCCCGCGGCGGCGGCGGCAGCGCCGGGGAUGGGCAGCGAGAGCGCGCCCAGGAGCAGCCCGGGCCCCGCCGCUCCCCCCUGCUCCCGCACCCGCUGCUGCUCCUGCCCCGCCGCCCCCCGGGAGCAGCGCCGCCGCCGCGCUACCCGCAGCCCCCGCCUCGGACGGAACAAAUUAUGACAUCGACAUCUAAAGGAAUUUUCCGGCCAUUUUUAAUUAUCUUCAUUGUCCUUGGCUGUUUCAUGGCAUUUAUACUAAUUUAUAUCAAACCAACAAAUAGCUGGAUCUCUGGUCCUAUAGAAUCAGCCAGUUCAGUUUUGAAAAUGAAGAGCUUCUUUUCUUCCAAAACUGAUAAUCUUAAUGAAACUACUAUUUUGAUCUGGGUUUGGCCAUUUGGUCAGACAUUUGAUCUAACAUCCUGCCAAACAAUGUUCAAUAUCCACGGGUGCCAUCUGACUAUUGACCGCUCACUAUAUAACAGAUCCCAUGCUGUUCUCAUUCAUCACAGGGACAUUAGCUGGGAUCUGACUAAUUUACCUCAGCAAGCCAGGCCACCAUUCCAGAAGUGGAUUUGGAUGAACUUGGAAUCUCCAACUCAUACUCCACAGAAGAGUGGCAUCGAACACCUCUUUAACCUGACCCUGACUUAUCGGCGUGAUUCAGAUAUUCAGGUGCCUUAUGGCUUCAUGAUGGUCGGUACAAGUUCCUUUACAUUUGAGGUGCCAAGUAAGGAAAACUUGGUCUGUUGGGUUGUAAGUAACUGGAACCCUGAGCACGCUCGAGUCAAGUAUUAUAAUGAACUUAGCAAAUACAUUGAAAUACAUACCUAUGGACAAGCCUUUGGAGACUACAUCAAUGAUAAAAACCUGAUUCCAACUAUUUCUACUUGCAAAUUCUACCUUUCCUUUGAAAAUUCAAUCCACAAAGAUUACAUUACAGAGAAACUUUACAAUGCUCUUCUGGCCGGAUCAGUACCAGUCGUACUGGGCCCUUCCAGAGAAAACUAUGAGAAUUACAUUCCAGCAGAUUCUUUCAUACACGUGGAAGAUUUUCUCUCCCCCAGAGACCUGGCAGAGUAUCUUCUGAUGCUUGACAAAAAUAACAAGAUGUACCUUAGUUAUUUCAACUGGAAGAAGGAUUUCUCAGUGCAUCUUCCCAGGUUCUGGGAAUCACACGCAUGUCUUGCUUGUGAUCAUGUGAAAAGACACCAGGAAUAUAAGUCCAUUGGAAAUUUAGAAAAAUGGUUUUGGAAUUAAUUUGUUUGUGUGUGUGUGUGUGUGUGUGUACUUUUUUGAAGAAGCCAGAGGAAACUUCAGUCCAAGUGGAGAGGAAAGGAAAAGAGAAAAAAAAAAAAAAAAAAGGAAAAGAGAACUUUAUGUUAUGGUUUAUCAGCUAUCCUCUCUUGGCUAUCCUAUUUAUAUUUCAUAAGAGAUUUUAAAAGACCAUCAUCAUCAGACAUAAAUACUCAGUUUUAAAUUAUAAUGUACAUACUAAUUAUGUGCACUGAAGAAUAUUUGAUUGUUUACUAUAAUUUUUAAACAAGAUUUUCCAUAUUUUAUGUGAAAUAUGUCCCACACUUAAAGUAGUACUUUUUAACACUUUUUUAUUUUUAACAUUACAUUUGCUGUUUAACCUAUUUGGAAAAUGAAGACACAACUUUUAAAUGCCAGAGAGAACUUUAAGAACAUAAAUUGCUGUUCCAGUCUGAAAUGUGUGUAAUAUUUCAAAAGACAGUAAAGUUUUUUAUGGUUCAUCUUACAUUUUAAUAACACAGUAAAGUUCAAUACCUACCAUUAUUCCAGCGUGGUCAAUCACACCCCUUUUUAAGGUUGAUGAACCUCGAAAAAUAGUUUUUAAAAGGUAUUACAAUAGUAGACAGUCUUUGUUUCAAAAAAUGUUUCCUAACAAAUAGCUUCAGUAAGUUCCUUUAGGAAUAUGUCUGUUCUUACCCUCUGAAGAAUAAAGAAGUCAGUUUUACAGUAGAUGAACAACCUUAGUGACAAAAGCCCAGAUUCAUACAAUUUUUUGAGUGCAAGUCUCAUUGUGUCUCGAGUAUUAUUUACCUGAACUAGAGCUGUAAGUGGUGUUACACUGAUACAGAGAUAAACUGAUUUUAACAUUAGAAUUUUAUUACUUCAGCCUCAUGCACUGAAUUCAGCUGGUAAUAAUGGAUUUUUAGAAAUAGCUUGUUGAGAAAUUUAAGCAAUUUCUUUCAUAUAAUUCCUUGAAUAAUUGUGAAUUUUUCACUAAUUCUGUAACGAUCUGUUGAAGUCUAAUUUUAACUGGACAACAUCCUGUCACGACUCAAGAACGUAGAAAAAAAAAAAGACCAAACAAUUUUCUGAAAGAGUUAUGCUGAAAUUCAGUAAAUAAGUUAUCAGGCUGACAUAUUCAACCAUGCAACUCAUUAAGCUAAUUAUAUUUUUUAAAAUAUUUUAUAUGACAGGUAUAAGUAAACAAAUGCACUCUUAAAAGCAGCAGUUGCUAUCACAAUUUGAAUAUAUAAAUAAGUUCUUAAGAAUUAAAUUUGCUCUGAUAGCAAAUACAAAGGUGUGAUGAUAGUCAUGAUUGUUUAAAAUGUCUACUUUUAAUGUGUGAUUUGAUUUCAUUACUUUUUUCUUUCAGCUAAGACUCAAAUACCAGAUUGCUAUAUAUAUUCAUAUGUACAAGGUUGGUUUAAUGACAUAAAUGUAUGGAUAUGUUGUGAUAUCAAGUGAAAGCCAAUCAUCUUGUUUUUUCAAGUCAAAAUGUCACAAAUACCUCCCACUGGGAAAAAAAAAAAAAAAAACCAACUGUAAAAACUUCUGUUUAGAUGAUGUAUAUGACCCUGAUCAAGUGAAGUUGUUGACCAAGGAGUUAAGAUUAAACUUGCAGAUAACAAUGUUGCUAAAGGAAUAAGGGAUAAACAAUGGUAAACAAUUAGCAAAAGAUAAGAUGAUUUGUCAGAUUUAUUUUUUACCCCAGGCUGGAAUAGAAACACCGAAGGCUGUAAGAGUAAUGUAGUUACAUUUCUAAACAGGAAACUCCAUGGAAAGGUUAUAGAAAUACUGUGCUCUCCCUAUGGUUUCAAAAGAUAUAUUCUGAUCCAGAUAUGUAUUUAUACUAUUUAUUGCUGCCUUUAAAAGCUAGUUUGCAAUAUACUAUGAACCCCCUAAACUCACCAGCAACCCAGUACAAAACAAGAUAAGCUUACCUUGCAAAUUAAUGCAAUAUAACGAAACCCAGUCUUCUAAAAACAAAGUGCUUACAUGGAUGUAAUGUGAGUAGUAUUGCUAUCAUUUUGAAGGCAAGUGGCUAUUGUUUACAGUCGGUGCUAUUGGACAUCAUACUAUUUGUUUUCAGGAAGGCUGCGAAAUUCUCAGUCACUGAAUAUGCCACUGCUUUGGCUGGAUAAUCUGAUUCCCUUGACGCUGGAAUUUGGAAGUGCUUUGCAUUGAUCUCAAGGGAAGUACAUUCACCCCUUGGUGAAUGCCCACAGUCCCUUAUUUCAGAUAGUAGGAGUUGUGCUGAGUGAUACAAGGCCUUGUGUCAAAUCAGACUGGUUUCUUGGCAUCAAGUUUCAGCCAAUAAAUUGUUAUAUUGAUAACAAAUAAGCACAAAAAUGAAAUACAUGUCUUGUUAUUACAAAUAUCAGUCAGUGUAUACAUAGGAAAGUUUUGAAAUAUACACUAAAUUUUAAGCCUGUAAGUAAUGUCAUUAUCUCUGUAAGCACUGGAUCCAGUCAGCAUGGCUAAUCUUGGGCUGAAUUUAAGAAAUGUGAAAGCCUUUUGAGAAACAGGGAGAGCUGUUCUCUUCACAGAAACUCAACAGAAGGCUUGUAUACUUUGCAUCUAGGUUGCAUUGAUAGAAGUGUUUCAAAGAUUAAUAAAACAGGAGAGUAAUCUAAUACAGAUUGAAAUGACCAAGCAUCAUGAUCAAAUCCUAAGCAAGAGACAUGACCCUUAUGCCUCACUGACAUUCCUGAGAAAUGUGGGCUGGAACACAAGCGAGCCAGCUAUUUUAUGAAGAUUUUAAAGUGAUCUUCAGGUACUGAGCCUUAAACAGUUCUGGAUAUAAAGAAUUUUACUGACAGAAAAUGAAGCAACGUCAGGCAUGUCCAGCCUAGGUGGUAUAUGAUGUGAAGCAAUGGAUUUAAAACAUCUGGACUCCAUGCACGCAUGAAGGCAGUCUGCCUAGACCUACACACGUAACCCACAGAACAUUGAUUCCAGUUUGUAUAUAACAUUAAGCAUUGUGAUGUCUGUGCUCCUUCAGUGAGCUACCCUACAUAAACAGCUAGCAUGAAUAGACUCGAAUAGUAAAUCACUGUGAAGGAGAGUGGGCAAAACCAAUUAAUUAUGGAAGGGUAAAUAAAUUAUAUGGAAUUAGUUAAAAUGGAGAACAAGGUCUUAUUUAUGCCUUGGUACCACUGGCAAAAGAGGAUAGUUGUACAAGAAAAGAGAAAUGAAAGAUGAGAAAACACACCGAUUCUUACUAUUUUCUCAUCAAUUUUAUUUCAGGCAUUGUUUAUUUUAUUCGCCAUCCCACAAUAAUCUUGUGUAUGCACUUGUCACAAGUUAUCUUGUCAGUCACUGAAGAUAGAGAGUAAUCAUUAUUCUUUCAUUUACAAAGGUUUAUUUUGGGUGGUUUUAGGCUCUCUGUUGUGCAGUGAGCUAUCAACAUCACUGCCUUUCUCACUGUGGAAAAUAAGACACAAAACAGAUAAAAUACUAACUGUUGAUGCAUUGCUACCUCUCUGAAUGUGAACAGACAUCAGAGAAAACCAGCAGCAGAGCCUUCUAAAGCAGAGUUUUCCUUUCGUGUCACAGACACUCAAUGACCACAGCAGCUUUUGCUCAGCAUGAGAUCUUCAUUCCUUAGUGAAUCCUGGUUGCCAGUUUCUUUGAAUAUCUCUUGACAUCCAAGAUGGUUGUACUCACAAUGAACAAACAGCCUGAGUGAGGCCUGUAGAAUGUGUAAGAUGCAUCCAGCAAUAUACUUGUCUUUUAAGAAGCAGAUCAAAUAAAAUAGAAAUUGUACUGAGAAAGCAUGAAUGUGGGGAUUUGUAGAGUUCAUGCAGGCUGAGCAAGACAUGAGAAAUUGGCGCUACUGAGCACAGUAAACAGCUACCUACCGUUUCUAACUACUAUGUUUGUUUCUCAAACUGGGCUUUUAAAUAAAACACCAUAAAAUGUAAUUUUCUCCCAUCUCUAAUCAAGCAAGCUUCAGUUAAAUAACCAAUAACUUUUGCUGAUUAUUCAGGACAGGACUUCUGUUAGCCUUGUAUUAUCUCUUUUAUUAGACACAAAAUCACAUUUGGGGAAAGAGUGAAGUCUGUCAGCAAGCUAAUCAUAUUUCUUAUCUGACUUCCAGAAUCCUUAUUUUAUUCUAUUUUAUUUUUUGAUUUUGAAGUAAAUCAUGUCCUCAUGAAAUACUUUCUGGAAUCGAUUCAAGAAAGACCUUAAGCACAUGCAUAUGACCAUAAGACUCAAGCACAUGCUUAAAUUUAAGAGUGUCUUAAACGCUUUAAUGCAUUGGGGCUUCAGACAGUUAUGUUUUUAUUGCCUUUGGGAACUGUACCAGAGAGCACUGCCUAUAGCCAGCAGAGGCCAAUUUGUGUGGCCUCUUUUGCAUCAUGUAUGUCCAUCCUGUGAGUAGACUGGCUACUCCACAAUGAAGACUGUUUGGACUAAUUCUGGCUUAGUAUCUGUCCUUGGCCCUACUUUUCUGCUUCAGCGUACUUUGCGUGCCACCAUUGCAUCAUGCCAUCCACUCAGCAUGGCGCUCUGCCUUACAGCCUGCCUGUGCUGGGCAGGGUGAGUGAACUUGCACGUGGUAUAAGGAGGUGAGAAGAGCUGAGGCUUGCUGAGGCAGUAUUUCGACGACUAUCCUAGGAAGAAAGCAUAAAACCUAGUUGUGUAUGCAUCCUUUUAAUCCGGACUGAGUAUGCCCUAGAGAGGGUGAGUCUCAGCCAUACUGACUUUCCUUUUGGAGGAGUCUAGAUGAGAGUCUGGGAGUGAUCAACUAUAUGUGCAAAGUGGGAAUGAGAAGCGUGUCUGUGCAGGCUGACAAGGAGUCUUCUGACCUAUUUAAAUUUCACCUAAUGGUGAAAGUUAAUCAAAUACUCAUGUAUUUUUUUGGUCAAAAUUAAUACAUUAGUGAGAAGAGAGUCCAGGGGAAGUAUUUGUUUGUCUACCAGCUGAUGGGCUUUUUAAUUAAUAUUGGCUGACAGCUGUGGUUUAUUUGUUUGUUUGUUUGUAAUAUAAAUUAUUUUAAAAUCUUAGAAAUCAAUCAAUAUGAUUCACACAAGACAGUUAUUUCAGCUUCAUCUUUUGCUCCUUGCUCAGGCAAAUGUUCCACCAGAGUCAGCAGGUGAUUUGGGAGAUUCCCAUGCUAGUAAUAAAGGAUUGAGCCCAGGGUGGAACGCUUGGGGUAAAAACCAACCUUCUUGUUCACAGAUGUUUCCCUUCUAAAAUUUGAACAACUAGUUUUAGCUGAUUCUACCUUCAGAGAAUCAGUGUAAAAUUCAUACUGGUUGGAUAUGUUCAUAAAAGGUGCAGAAAUGCCAAGAAAUUGAUUAAAUAAACCAUGCAGUAGUAAUUCAAAUUCAUGGCACAAAUGCCACAGUGAUACACAUGAUAAAACCAUAAACUCAUGAGAAAUAAUUAGGCUUAGAGACAUCACCCUGCAGUUUUCAUAUUGGAAAAAGUCACUGUAUUAUUCUAUUGAAAAGGUAAUUAAUUGGGAAUCUUUUAUUUCACCAUAUUCUCUACACAAUUAACUGAAACCAACAGUCUCUGUGCAGUGAAUAGUUCAGACAUUUGCUCAUGUGGCAGAGAGCCUUUCACCUCCAGGUUAAUAGCCUGAAUUAUGAGUAGGUUUGUACAGAGUGCUGUUUGGCAGCCUCUAGCAGAUGACUCUGUGAUCUGAGUCAGGUUUCUCAUUCCUGCUUUGAGCCAACAAGGCAAAGAACUGACCUGAGAUUCAUCCAUCUUCUGUGCAUUUCUUGGCAUGCUGACGGUGUGGCUCAGGACACACUCCUGCAGCCUGCACCAUGCCUGUUUACGAUUAUGCAGAAGACUUUUCUAAGUAAUGAGGGUAUUUGGCUUUUUAUUUUGUUGAGGUAUGAUGGCAGUCUGUACAAAUGAACUAUUCAUACAUAGGGGAACUCUUCAUUAACAUUCCUAAGUAAAUAAUUAGUAGGAAAAUAAUGUAAUAUUUGCAAAUUGGCAGCAAAAGCAAUUCUUUCUUAUUCUUUCUGUCAAUUAGUCCAGUGGAAAACAGACUUUGAUGAAACUUUAUCCCGCUGGCUUGAUACAGCCUGUUUGGAUCCAGUUACAGGGACACGCAUGAUAGCAAAAUCUGAAAGCUAUACGGUAAACCAACACUUAUGUAUAUGUAAGUUGAGAUAGUUUCCUAUAGAGCCUUGAAGCUGUACCUAAACACUUUAGCGGUCACCAGAUGAAAAAUGUUCCCAUCAAUCCUUUUCUUUCUAACAUGGUAACAAAAGUCAGUCUGGUAUAUGCUGUUUGGCAAAUUAAUUAACUACAAAAUCUACAUUUUCCUUUGCUGGUCUUUUUUUUGUAACACAUGUUAUAAGAUAUGAGAUUAAAAAUUUUGGAAAGUUAACUCCCUUGGUGCAAUUUAAUAUUUUAAAGAUUCAAUGGAUAUACUGAAGAGAGGAAAGUGAGACGCUUUUCCAUCUAUAUGAAAUCUAUAUGAAAUCUAUAUGAAAACGUGCCAAACUCUUUCCAAUGAAUGAACAAAACAGUUAAAUAUACUGACUUUUUAUUAGGAUUUGCAAAAUCUUCUAUUAAUGCACUGUAAUUUUGCACUAUUUUGUAAGAAAAGAAAAAAGGAAAUAGGGAACUGAAACAGAAAAAAAAAGCUAAAAAUAGAUGCCAAAUGUAUAGUUUGUAAAAUACUAUUUUUCUUAUAUAAGGUAUCAUCAAAUUGUGAAUUUAACUGUGUUAUUGUAAACUGUGAAAAAUGUGAUGUACUGUUGUGGCACAGCCUACCAAGGGCCAUUUCUAACACACAGAUUAGUCGGGACUUCUUUAUAUGAAACAUAUUCAUAAAUCUGAGAUCACUUUUGUACUUAUUUUUUGUAAACUAUUUUUCCACAUUUACAACAUAGCUGUUAUUUUAUAGCAAACACUCAUUUUGCUUUAGAAUAUUAUUUGAAUAGGUGGGUGGGUGUCUUAAAUGUGCCAGAGAUUCAAAACUGUAACAAAGAUAAUUCAGAAACUAUUCUUUGCCAAACUGUAAUGCUACUGAAAUCGAAGAUGUUUUGUUGAACAAGCAGGCACACUGUCAAUAAAUGAUAGUUUCUAUUCUGUGAUAAUGAUGAUAAUGUUACAUUUGCUAGGAUGAAUGCCUGGUAGUUAUGAGUUGCAUUCCCCUUCUGUCGUUCUGUAUGUUAGGGAAACAAAACUGGGUGCCAUAGCUGAAUGUCAUAGAUAUUCAGCCACUCACGCAAUGUGCCAUGGACUUGACCUCUGAAAUACCUUGUGAGAAUUAGGAGAAAACCCUGUAAGCUUCUUGUCCUGAUUCAAACCCACUUUCUGUGAUGGGUCACAUGAAAUUGGAAUGGUUGACACAUGCAGGACUGGUGUCAGUAUGAUCUCAGUAAAGAUAAGUUCUGUACGUAGAAACAUCAGACCACAUUUACUCUCUUACUGCAAGAUCAGGACCUAAGUCCCUUUCUUGUUGAGUGUUGAGAGGGAUCUGAUAUGAACCCUUACUUCAUCUUCUCAGAUAAUGAUACACAUGUACUGACAAUUUAAUUUUUUAUGUUUUAUAUAGUGUAUAUAUAAUGCAUAAAUUCAUGUGUAAGAAAUAGUAACCAUGGAAUACCAAAUUUUAAUAAAAAUAAUGAAA